AUUAUGUGGUCAUUCUUAUUUCUUUUCUCCAGAGAGAAAAAAAAAAGAAGAUAUAAAAACACAAAACGUACAUGGACACGCCAUGAGCAUUAACAGCGAGGUACGACGCUAGUGUUAUUAUAUGUAACAAGAACUUUUAAAUGGUCACAUUUCGAUGCGUGUUCGUCAUGUUUCGCAAAAAAAAAGUUUUAAAGACGCUAGAGGAGAUAAAAUAGAGUAAACCUAAUUGCCAAGCGCUUCUGCUCCACCCGCUGGCGCGCGCCGCCUCUUGCUGUAAUACACAUGGAGCGCUCACACACGUACAGUACACGUACAGUACACGCUCCGACCAUGUCGUGCAGACAGACAACGUGCAGUGAAAGAGGUAACAGUAUGUAGACCUUCAUGAGCCACUUGGGCUUUCGCAGUGAAGGCGAAUGGUGUGAGCUGCGAGACGCGCUGAAGAGGCGGCCAUGUUUGUGCUUGGGGUUUUGGCCGGAUUCUGCCUCUGCAACGCGGCCGCCUCCGGAUACGGUAGAUGGACGAAGGACUUUCGCACCAGCUCAAAUGAAGUGGACAAGCCCGGCUUGCAGCCGCACAUCAUCUUCGUCAUGGUGGACGACCAGGGAUUCAGGGAUGUGGGAUAUCACGGGUCCGAAAUCAAGACGCCGACACUGGACUGGCUCGCGGCUAACGGCGUGAAACUGGAGAAUUACUACGUGCAGCCGCUGUGCAGCCCGUCCAGGAGUCAGCUCAUGACCGGCAGGUAUCAAAUCCACACUGGGCUUCAACACUCUAUAAUCCAUGCUUCCCAACCCAACUGCCUCCCCCUAGAAAACAUCACCCUCCCCCAAAAGCUCAAGAAUGCAGGAUAUGCUACACACAUGGUUGGCAAGUGGCACCUUGGUUUCUACAAGCGUGGCUGCAUGCCUACACAGCGUGGCUUUGACACUUUUUUUGGUUCCCUUCUAGGGAGUGGUGACUACUAUAGCCACUACAAAUGUGACAGCCCUGGAAUGUGUGGCUUUGACUUACAUGAAGGCGAGGAAGCUGCAUGGGAACAAGACCAAGGCAUCUAUUCGACUCACAUGUAUACUGAAAAGGCAUUGCGUAUUUUAGCAUCGCACAACCCCAGACAACCUAUUUUCCUGUAUUUGGCAUACCAGGCAGUACACUCACCUCUGCAAGUUCCUGCUCGCUAUCUUAAACGCUAUAAAUCCAUCCCAAAUCUGCAACGACGCAAGUACGCAGCCAUGGUCAGCUGCUUGGAUGAGGCUAUGCGAAAUUUAACUCUUGCACUCAAACGAUACGGCUAUUAUGACAACAUGGUCUUUGUGUACUCUUCAGACAAUGGGGGUCAACCUCUGGCAGGUGGCAGUAACUGGCCUCUAAGAGGUAGUAAGGGAAGCUACUGGGAGGGUGGUAUACGGGCAGUGGGAUUUGUGCACAGCCCUCUACUUGUAAGGAAAGGUAUUUGUAAGGCUCUAAUACACAUUACUGACUGGUACCCAACCCUCGUAACGCUUGGUGAAGGAACACUUGAUGAGAAUCAGAACCUGGAUGGCUAUGAUGUUUGGGAGUCAAUCAGCGAAGGCCGCCCCUCUCCACGUCAUGACAUUCUCCACAACAUAGAUCCCAUUUUCACUAAAGCUAAGAACGGCUCCUGGAAGGCAGGAUAUGGAAUCUGGAACACAGCUAUCCAGGCAGCUCUCCGUGUUGGGGACUGGAAACUCCUGACGGGUGUUCCAGGCUACAGUGACUGGAUUCCACCACAAACCUUUUCCAAGCAGAUGUUGAGUAAUCGCUGGCACAGGGAACGUGUGCGCUGGGAUCGAGGCAAGACGUUAUGGCUUUUUAACAUCACAGCUGACCCUUUUGAGCGUGUGGACCUGUCGAGACGUUACCCACAGAUAGUGAAAAAGAUGCUACUUAGGCUUUUGCAGUACAACAAGACAGCUGUCCCAUGCCGCUACCCAUCCAAGGACUAUCGGUCCAAUCCUCAGUACAAUGGAGGGGUCUGGGGACCUUGGUUCUCAGAUGUUAAUGAACGAGAGAAUGAAAAUAAUAACAUUCUUUUCAAUAAUUUACAGAAAAUCAAAAAAGAGAAAAAACUAAAGCAUAAAAAAAAGCUGAAAAGGAAAGCUGACGGCUUCUUGGUUUUCAUUUGAAGUGAUUUGUUUUAAUUUUAAAGACCCCAGUACUCAGGGACUGACAGGCAGACUUGAUCUGUUCACAUUAUAUUUCAUUGACAGAGUUUUAUAUAAUAUAAAUUUACCUCUAGUUAGAUAUUUUAUGCAUCUGUUAUGCAUCUGAUUCUUAUGAAGAAUCCCACUUAAACACUGCUGUUUUUCCAGCUUAGAAUUGGACAAUGUUUGUUAGAUUUUUUUUUAAUGAGAGAUAUAUUUAUUUUUUAGAUUUUAUUGCAUGCUCAACCUUCCUUGUCAUCACAUUGUUUUAUAAUUUGUCUUUUUUUUCUAGGGUUUCUUUACUGAUAAACCUAUGUUCAAUACAUGAUUUUUCACACAUUUAGAAUUUCUCACAAGAGAUUUUUUCUUUUUUUUGUUGUUUUGUGUUGUUUGGUCCAUUCUUAGUUAAAGUUGAAUGUAAAGCAAUAAAAUAAAAAAUGUGAAAUGUGAAAAAAUAUCCUUCCUUUUGCUUUUUGGUUUUUGUCCAUCUUCAUCCUGUUUAGAUAUAUAACAUCUGUCGGGCCCUUGUGUGCUUAUAUUACAGGAUUUGGAAAGAUGUAUACCAUGUAUGCAUCCAAUCAUACAAAGCAUGAUAAACAUUUAUCAGAGUGGUUGAAGAGUCAAGUCUAUCUGCACAAGAAAUGAAACUAUUCUAUAAAAUGAA